AACAUUAUCCCCCGAGUCCUUGCUACCAGACGAUCCAUGGCUCAAAUUAGGAGGAUGGAUUGCAAGGUUGAGGUCAAGUCCUCAGCUGAUAGGUUCUUUGAUGCUUUCAACACCAAAGCUCACCUCAUGCCAAAGAUGUCCACUCGUCUUAUUUCUGAUGUAAAACUUCUUCAGGGUGAUUGGAAUUCUCUGGGAUCUGUCAGAAUAUGGUAUUAUGCUUCCCAAGGUAAGUCUGCGGCUUGUAAGGAAGUUCGAGAAAACGUGGACGAAAAGAACAGGACGAUUGUUUACGGUAUAUUGGAGGGUGAAAUCUCGAAUUACUACAAGACCUGGAAGUCCACCCUUAAUGUGACACCGAAUGGAGAGGGAAGCUUGGCGAAAUGGACCAUCGAAUAUGAAAAGCAAAAUGACCACGUCCCUGAGCCUCUCAACUACUGCGAUUUCUACGCCAUCUGGUCCAAGGAUGUUGAUGCUUACCUUCUCAAUGCCAAAUGAAAUAUAUAUACAUAAAAAUAUAUAAAUAAAUCAAAGCACUUAAAAUUGUAAAAUAAAUUCGCUUUCUCUGUACGUACGAGAAAGCAUGAUUAUGAAGCAUGGUGUCGCAAUAAUGGCCGCUGGGUUUUCAAAACAUUUGCCAAAGAGAGCUGAAAGAAAGGGGUUUGCAUCUUUAAAUGUGGACUGGCAAAUGAGAAUAUAUAUAGCCAUGCAUUAUUACUGCUUAAAA